UUCAUUGCGAAGCGGAAUAUCGCUCGCCCUUUUUGGGUUACUGUAAUUUUGGGUCAGCCGGACCGGCAUCUUAUCCUUUUUAACGCCAACGAAUCUAACUGUCAUCCGUCUGCUUUUCUUUGAGCAACAUUCAACCAAAAUGACGGAGACGCUGGAGAAAAGGCAACAGCACAAGUGGGGCCAGAACGGGGCCGUCUGUUCAGAUGCAGCCGGGGUGGAGGAUGCGUUUGAUACCACGUACAGGGAGAAAGAAGGCCCCAAACCCCCCAUGAUCAUCGUGUGGAGAAAUGUCAUAAUGAUGUCUCUGUUGCAUAUAGGGGCUCUGUAUGGCGCCUUCCUCAUCCCCUCAGCAUCUCAUUUAACCUUGCUUUGGUCUUUACUCUGUUUUUUGAUAAGCGCUCUAGGAAUUACUGCCGGGGCUCAUCGUCUGUGGAGCCACAGAACCUACAAGGCUUCAUUACCUUUAAGGAUUUUCCUCGCUGUUGCCAACUCCAUGGCAUUUGAGAACGACAUCUUCGAAUGGGCUCGAGAUCACAGGGUCCACCACAAAUAUUCCGAGACGGACGCCGACCCUCACAACGCCCGCCGGGGUUUCUUCUUUGCCCACAUCGGUUGGCUGCUGGUGCGCAAACAUCCUGAUGUCAUCGAAAAAGGAGGCAAGCUGGAGCUCAGCGACCUGCUGUCCGACAAAGUUGUAAUGUUCCAAAGGAGGUAUUACAAGCUCUCGGUGCUGCUGAUGUGCUUCUUGGUCCCCAUGUUUGUGCCUUGGCACUUCUGGGGGGAGUCCCUCUGGGUGGCGUACUUCAUCCCGGGUCUGCUGAGGUAUGCCAUGGUGCUGAACGCCAGCUGGCUGGUCAACAGCGCAGCUCACAUGUGGGGAAACAGACCCUACGACAAGAACAUCAACCCCCGGGAGAACAGAUUUGUCGCUUUCAGCGCUAUAGGUGAGGGAUUUCACAAUUAUCACCACACGUUUCCCUUCGACUAUGCGACCAGUGAGUUCGGCUGCAAGUUUAACCUCACCACCUGUUUCAUCGACUUCAUGUGCGUCCUGGGUCUGGCUAAGGACCGCAAGAGAGUGUCCCGAGAGGUGGUCGUGUCUCGGGUACAGCGCACCGGAGACGGAAGCCACCGCAGUGGCUAAAACUGUGGAAAAGUUGUCGGCUUCAAGGCAAGACAGCCGAAGAGAACAACAGGCCUCUGGCAGCGAUAUGUUUCAUCAUCCUCUGAGUUUAAGUCAGCUUCGUGAGGGUCCAGACCACAUUUUGCUUGUUCUUUGUGGGGUUUGUUGCUACAUUUACACAAGUUAUUCAAGAUACAAAAGAUAGGAUUUGUAAUAUUCAUCCAGGCCAAAUUUCAAGUGAAUAAUUUUUUUAAAGACUUCAUUCUUUGCUGUUGUGCACUCCACGAAAACUCGGUCUUGCAGCCAAUCAGUUUUGUCCGUUACUCAAAUAUCCAUCAGACGCAACACGGGUUGCCAUAUGGAGUAACUAAGCUGACAGGCUCCAAAACUUAUUGAAGGCCUUUUGUGCAGAUUUAUGGGAAGUUUUUCAAAUUAAUUGUAACGUAAAGAUUAAAAGUGAGGCGUAACAAAGACGUAGAGUAGUGAGGGACUGUACCUCUUAGGGUCACUGAGCUGAGUUACGCAGCGUUGCCUUCUGCUAAAAAUCCCGACCAAA